AUGGCUCUAGCGUCUAGCCUGAAGCUGGCUUUUGUCUUUGCCUGCACCUUUCUCUGGGUGAUCAGCUCCGGUACUGUUUCCGCUGAGGGCAAAUGUGCAAGCGCGGGCAUCUGCGGCGAAGGUGUUUGUGCCGCCAGCCUCAACUACUGCUAUUCGAACGGCACACAGCAGCUGACGUGUUGCACCUCAACAUGCGACAAUUGCGACCUGAGCACCGGCCAACCUCCGAGCGCUUUCCAGACGAUUGAACUUUUCACUCAGCGGCCACAGAUUCCGGGCCCCCGCCACAGUGUCAUCAACACCUCUGACAUUGAAGGCGGGUUCAGUUUCUCUGAGGACUUUUUCCUUUCGGACAAGCUCCCAGCAGACCUGAACAACCCAGUAUCCGGGGAGAGUGCAGGCUCCGUUCUUUUACAGCGACGCCGUGAGCCGGGGGGUAUUAGUAGCGGGACCGGCAGGUUCAGGCUUGCCCGGGGCGAAGCGAUUUUCACCAGGAGCAUCGUUAGCUCCAGCGGAAACCACACCUACGAUGGCGUCAAACUAUAUUACGCACUGUCGUGA